CUAAGUUUAUGGAUCAGUAACCCCCUCCCCCACCUUAGUUUAGUUUGAUAAUAUUAAUUAAUACCGCUUAAUUUUAUCAUUAAUUCCUCCAAAGCUAGCCUCCUCGGAAUUCCAACCUCCGGUGUUCUCUUGAUUCGGUUCACCUCCUUCGUCACACCACCAACAGUUCACAGUACCCUGAAAACUCCUCCAUCUGGAGCUCGCUCUUCUAGUUCUAGCUCUGGCUCUAGUUUCGGCUUCAGCUAUGGCCAUGAUGGUGGACGACGCCGUCGCCGAACUAGACUUAUCCGGUUACAGCACAACCACCAUCACCUCCACCGACGACGACCUUGCCUGCAACUGGGACGACUGGUCGCCGGUCGUCGACUGGGAGGAGCUCUCCGGCGUCCCCGACGACUUCCACGACCUCAUCGACUCCAUGAUCGACCACAGCACCCCCGGCCACCAAGACGGCUUGCCCUGCAACUCUCUGUCCUCCGGGACGGCCGUGGAAGACGGAGAAAUGGGCGGGGCCGACGACUUCAAGGGCCUGAGGCUGGUCCACCUCCUGGUCGCCGCCGCGGAGGCCGUCACCGACGGCAGCAAGAGCCGAGAUCUGGCUCGCGUGAUAUUGGUUCGGCUCAAGGAGUUGGUCUCCCCGACCGACGGCUCCAACAUGGAGCGGCUGGCGGCGCAUUUUACAGACGCCCUGCAGGGCCUGGUAGAAGGCACCUGCGGGGCGCACGGUAAGCAAAUCAUGUCCAAUGGACCCCACCACCGUGAUGAUCAGCAUCAAACGGACGUCAUCGCGGCAUUCCAGCUGCUCCAGGAUAUGUCGCCGUACGUUAAGUUCGGCCACUUCACGGCCAACCAAGCCAUUCUGGAGGCCGUGGCGCACGACCGGAGGGUCCACAUCUUGGAUUACGACAUCAUGGAGGGGAUCCAAUGGGCCUCCUUGAUGCAAGCUCUCGUGUCCAGGAAGGACGGACCCGCGCCGCACCUCAGAAUCACCGCCAUAUCCCGCGGCGGCGGGCGGCGCUCAAUCGGAACCGUCCAAGAGACCGGCCGCCGUUUAACCGCCUUCGCCGCGUCGAUUGGCCAGCCCUUCUCUUUUCACCAAUGCCGGUUGGAUACCGACGAGACGUUCCGGCCGUCGGUUUUGAAGUUGGUCCGAGGAGAAGCGUUGGUAUUCAAUUGCAUGCUCCACUUGCCCCACUUCAGUUACCGCGCGCCCGAGUCGAUCGCUUCGUUUCUUUCCGGAGCCAAGACUCUGAACCCGAGGCUGGUGACCCUGGUGGAGGAGGAAGUCAGGCCGACCGGGGAUGGAGGGUUCGUGGGCCGGUUCAUGGAUUCCCUGCACCAUUACUCAGCGGUCUACGACUCGCUGGAGGCCGGGUUCCCGAUGCAGGGCAGGGCACGGGCACUGGUGGAGCGCGUUUUCCUGGGGCCGAGGAUAGCCGGGUCGUUGGGCCGGAUCUACAGGGCCCGGGGGCAGGAGGAUGGCGGGUCGUGGGGGGAAUGGUUGGGUGCUGUCGGGUUCGUUCCCUCCCGGAUAAGCUUCGCCAAUCACUGCCAAGCAAAGCUGUUGCUGGGACUGUUCAACGACGGGUACAGGGUGGAGGAAUUGGCCAAGAAUCGGCUGGUUCUGGGAUGGAAGUCCCGGCGUCUGCUCUCGGCCUCCGUCUGGACGUCGCCGGAAUCUGAUUGAUCUUCUGGGCGCAUUGCCGCUAUGGUAGACUCGAGAACAGUAGUAAAUCAGGCCACUCGAUUCGAUUUGGAGGGGCGUUUGAGUUUACUGCAAAUUUUUGUGUGUUUGUUUCCGAAUAUGUCGACUUCUGUUCAUAUUAAAAAUUCAUAAUUUUGUUAAUUUUGAAAAUUCUGAAAAAUAAGUUACGGCGUGCUGUUUUGUUAUUUCAUUCCAUGUGAUGGUUAAUGAAAGCAUAUGAUCAAUAAAAAAUAAUAAUGU